AUGGCCCUGGAAGAUCGCUGCAGCCCACAGAGUGCCCCGAGUCCGCCGCAUCACCACCACAGCAGCCAGGCCCCGAGCCAGGCCAGCACUCCGAGCACAACAACGACCACGACAAUGAUGGUCACGAUGGGAGAGAGAGAACUGGCGGCCGCUAGCGCCGGUAGUUCGCCUAGCCGCGACGAGAUGUCACUAGUGGUCAUCAAGCAAGAGCCGGAGCUGCACGAUCAUCAACAACCGCAGCACCAACAGGCGAUGGUCGGAGGACAUGGUCAGCAACAGCCGACGCCUCCCGCGACCCCCAGCAUCUCCUUUUCGAUCACCAACAUCCUGAGUGAUCGGUUCGGCUUGAAGGCUCCCCCGCCGCCGUCACUGCUGCCCCCUUCGACGCACACCCCAUCGCCCUCGCCUCCGAUCAGCCCGGGAGGGCCUCAUCUCCAUCCGUACGCCGUCCUCCAAUCCGCGGCCCACCUGCACCCGUCGCAUCCUGCCUACACCACCACCACCACGCUCACAGUUGGGCCACAUUAUGCGCCACACCUUCUGCACCAUCCGCACCAUCCGCACCACUACCAGCCCUACCCGCACCAUGCGGCACCGAUCGUUCCGCAGGCGCAGCGGCCCCGGGAAAGCCUCUUCCGGCCGUACGACAUCGCGGCCAAGAGCCCGGCCCGGCUCUGCACCAGCAACGGCAGCAGUGCCGCCACCCCGCACCCGUACCACACGGACAGCGAGUCGCAGGACUCGCACUCGGCCGCCACUAGCCCGGCCGGGACUCCGUAUCCCGGGGCGGAUGGCCGUCUGGCCGCCCUGCCCGAUGUGUACGACUUUAGCCGGAAGUCCGUGGCCGCCCUCGACCACCGGGCGGCCCUCCUGAGUGGGUUCAGUGCAGCCGCCAGCUACCCGAAGCUGCACGAGGAGAUCAUCAACAGCCACCGGAAGUUCCAGGCGAAGCUGAUCGAGUCCCAGUCGAAGGUGGCGGCGGCUGCGGCCGUCGCAGCGGCCGUUGCAGCCUCUUCCAUCGCAACUCCCGCCUCCUCCGCUUCCUCUUCGCUACCUUCCUCACUCGGUAGCCUGUGUAAGACGGUGUCCCAGAUCGGACAGCACGUGGCCGGCACUGGGACCCUCGGGUGCGCCACCACGACGGCGACGACGACGACGGCGGUGGCCAAGGGUAGCCCCAAACCGAUCCCGAAACCCGGAACGGCGGCGGCUCCCUCCGAGCAUGGUGGCUCCUCAUCGCACGAUGGUGGCAUGGAAUCGUCCGACGACGCUAAAUCGGAGACGAGCAGCUCGAAGGACGGCGAAGGCGGCGGCAAUCUGUGGCCGGCGUGGGUCUACUGCACCCGUUACAGCGAUCGGCCCAGUUCCGGUAAGUCACGCACCGCGACCGACGCGUUCUGUCAGAAUAUUUGA